GAUCGUCAGCCAAUUCACACGAUCGUUUUCUUUAGAAAAUUCUCGAAUUGGGAUCAAGCAUCAGUGUUGAAAUUUCUUCAUUUCUACCUGGUCUUCCCUACCAAUUCACACUCCUCUCACGUACUUGUGGUUUUAUCUUUUGAUGAUUGCCAAUCUUCAAGUUUAUCGCUGUCUACAAUUCGGCACGCUUUUAUCUGCAUCUUCAGUUCAAGAUGAGCUCUGGCCGAGCUUUACGAGGAAGCUGCCAUUGCGGCAGAAACCAAUAUAUAAUCACCAUUCCAACUGACACCUCAGAUGUUGCCCAAAUGGUGUUUGAUUCGGCUGAAAGUCAAAGAAUGUCUUCCGCAACCUUUCUCUCGGAAUUCCUACGAGUUCCGAUCCAUUGGUAUCACAGCCAAAUCUUCCCAUUCUUUCCCGAUGAAUCUCGAGCUACCAUUCGACGCGCAUAUUCCCACCCCGACGAGCAAUCUGUCAUUCGACAGUUUUGCGGAUUCUGCGGUACCACUCUGACAUAUUGGACCGAAGAUCCCGUCACCGAAGCUGGCUACAUACAAAUCACGCUUGGUAGCCUCUUAACUGAGGAUCUCUACGAUCUAGGUGAUAUGGGCCUAGUUCCCGACGACCCCGAACAGGAGUCCGAACAAGAUCGCAUGGAAAUCGAGUCCGCUUCCGAGACUGGUCACGCUACCCAAUCUAGUGGUCAUGACGUUACAGGUAUUCCGUGGUUCGAAAGCCUUACUUUUGGUAGUCGCUUAGGAAGUAUCUAUGCCGCAAGACGUGUUGAGGAGAGCCGAGAUGGUCGAGUUCGUGUUGAAUACGAGAUUACGGAGUGGGCGGAGGGAGAUGAUGCGGCUAUAAUUACGGGUUUGGUGAUGGAAGAAGAGGAAGAGGAAACGACUGAAGUUGGGGACGGAAAGUACGGAGAAGAAGCAAUGGCUAAGCCUGAACCCGAGUCGCCUGCAACGGGUAAGAGGAAGCGCGGAGAGAGUGAGGAUGGAGAUGAAAAUGUCGGCAAUGCUGCCCAGAGCGACGUCUAAAGUACCUGGUCUUUCUUCAGGUCGAUUGUUUGCUCGCUUCUGGACGAUACGACUACGAAGCAUUAGUGAUGGACGAAAACUGUCUAGGGACGGGGAUAAGUGUCAUUGGAAGCAUACUCGCUUCCUCCAGCACCCAUUUGUUGAGUUCUUGUUGGACCCUGUC